UUUACAAACCACUUUUUCUAUUAUUUUAUACAAAUAGUCAGUCUUAUUCGCAUUCAAGAUCUCCGUUUGCUUCUCCUGAAGAUGUUUCUCCUAUGUACCAUCUGUGCUUUAAUGGUCUUUUUCCCAGACACAGCCUACGCAAGCUCCGAAAUGGUGCAAUUUGUAAACUUUAUCCAGAAGUUUAAUAAGAGCUACGAAAGUGCUGAAGAGUUUCAGUAUCGGCUGUCUGUAUUUUCCAAUAACCUGCAGCAAGCAAAGCGCCUCCAAAGGGAAGAACUAGGGACAGCAGAAUAUGGUGUCACCAAAUUCAGUGACCUUACAGCUGAAGAAUUUAGGCGUUAUGGUAUAUAUUCCAAUGGUGUCCUGGAUUUACCCAAUAUUAAAGAAGCAACAACAGCGGCUACAUUUCCAAAGAGCCGGGACUGGAGAACAAAAGGGGUCAUUUCAAAAGUUAAAGAUCAGAAACAAUGCCGUUCAUGCUGGGCUUUUGCAGUUGUUGGUAACAUUGAGGCGCAGUGGGGGAUUCAAGGAUGUCCCAAGAACUUAUCUGUGCAGCAGGUUAUAGACUGUGGCCCUUGCGAUGAUGGUUGUAAAGGAGGAUACCCAUGGGAUGCAUAUAUCACUGUUCUAAUGCAAGGGGGCCUGGUUAAUGAGAGCGAAUACCAAUAUCAGGCUAUCAGGAGCACAUGUAGGAGAGAUCUUCACCCUGCAGCAUGGAUUUAUGAUUUUCAAAUGCUUCCAAAGAAUGAAGAAAAUAUGGCUUCUUAUGUUGGCAACAACGGAACUCUCACUGUUACAAUUAAUAGUGUUAUGCUCCAGCAUUACAAAAAUGGAAUUAUACACACUCUCCAUAGAAACUGCGAUCCAGAUUAUGUGGACCACGUGGUUUUGAUAGUAGGAUAUGUUAAAGGAAGAACUAUGGCUGUAGGCAGCCAAUCAGAAAUGUCAUGGAGGAAUGGAGGUACAACCAUGUUCAACGCCACACAUUGGAAACAAAAGAAGGAAGGCAAAUGUCUGCCUUACUGGAUCAUGAAAAACAGCUAUGGCUCUGACUGGGGAGAAAAAGGUUAUUUUCGAAUAUUCCGUGGGAAAAAUGUAUGUGGAAUUACAAAAUACCCAUUAGCUGCAACUGUUCUUUUCCACAAAGGCAAACACACUUCCUGUCCUACCUAAGGCACCCCAUAAACAGACCCUUAUAUCAUUGUUUUGUUGGUAUGAAUAUCUACAUAUCAAUAAAGUUUAAUCAAAACUA